UAAAGUGGCUGGCAAAAAUCCUCUAGCUGAACCCUCCACGAGGGUGCCGGCUGGGCAAUGGGCACUGCAUUAUUCCGGACAAGUGUAAUGCAUUGUCGCUUGCUCUGUCCGCGGUAAUGCAGUGUCUAGCAAAGGCAUUGGUACAGCGUCUUCCCGAUCUCGUCUCGGGGGAACUGAGCCAGGGCCAUGGCUAGAGGUGCCUGGCGGGUAGGCAUAAAACGCUAGGGGGUGGUUCUCCCGAAAAAUAUCAACUACGUAUGGACUUCGGGCCAGCAAUGGAGUGGAAAAAGGAGCAAACACGGGUUGGGACGUCAACCCAAACGUCGGUGGAAAGCGUGGCUGCUACCACCGGCGGGCACGGGGAGGAGCAAUCCUCUCUGCGUGUCGCCAGCGGUCACACCUUGGUCGUGGCGGGAGCAGGCUACGUCGGUUGUAAUACUACUGCCACAAAAACGACUCGCUGCAAGAUUAGCUGCGCGGGUGCUGCUGUCGAGACAGACUCGGACCUGGAGAGCGUGCUAUCAAUAAGAAAAACCGAAAAAGACAUCAUACGCUCGCCUGAACCAGGUACCAGCUCCCAGCGCAGGGAAGGGCCGAAGCGUUCCAGGGAGGGGAUGAAGGCGAAAGCUCAGUACAAGGCGGCCCUCAAAUUACUGAGCCGGCUUCAAGGAAAGGCAGAUCUCUCCCAAGAGGAGAAAUCUAGGCUAGCCUGGGCAGAGAAACAGGUAGAGGACGGUCGCAGACACUACGCGCAGCUGCCACAGAUGCAGGCGGCGAAUGGUGGAUUCGCGAACAAGGUCGAGGAGAUGUUGGCCACCAAGAAAAAACGCUCGACUGAGUGUACCGUCAAGGACACUCCGGCGAGUAAGCAGAAACGCGCGCACAAGUGCGUAGCCCCUCCACCGAAACCGGCGAAGAAGCCCAAAACGAAAGCAAAGGUCAGCAACGUGUGCAAAAGACACUUGAUCGUGGCGCUCAUUGACCGGAGCGACGAAAACGGGAAGAUGACGGCGGCGCAGUGGAAGUUGGUGCACGCGCGGCUCGUUGACUCACUGUUCGAACGGAUGGAGGAAGAUCCGGCAUCCCCCAUGCCUACUUUCGAUGGUGCUGGGUGGCUAAAUGGGGUGAAAAUCCUGAAGUGUAACGACGAUCUAACACUUAGGUGGCUAAUGAAAACGGUCUGCCAAAUGGAAGCAAUGUGGAAGGGGGCCAAGCUGGAGGUCGUAGACAGGGAGCUAAUCCCAUCCAUACCAAAAGCGAAGGUACUUUUCCCCAUUGCAAUCGAAGGGGACCGUGCGUUGAAGCUCCUACAGCGGCAGAACGCAGAUGUGCCAACGGCGAACUGGAGGAUCCUCCACAUUGGGAGCCCGCUACCCAACAAGGGGGGCCAGUGUAUCAUCCUCCAAAUUAAUAAGGAAGCGGAGGAUCUACUCUACCCCAGAUUCGGGAAGAUGGCCUGGGGCAUGGGUAGUGUAUACCUGCGCCUCAAGAAGCGCCACCCCGGUGACAAUGAUUCGCACACCUUGCAGGCGGGCGAGGUAGAGAAGGACCUAGGUCUGGAAACGAUCGUCGAGGUCGCCCAGGGUCUUGCGGUGGAAGACUCAGAGGAAGAGGAGGAUGGUGACCUGACGAUAGUAGUCAACCCGUCGAGUGUAAGAGAGCCAGCCAUCCAUGACGCUGCAGCUCAACUUGCAUAAAAGCAAGAUAGCGUCGGCAGAGCUCUUUAUUGCCAUGGAGCAAGGGCCCGCUGACGUAGCUUUAGUCCAGGAGUGGUGGAUUGCGUCAGGCAAUUUAGUGGCUGGACUAAGGUCCUCAAACAACAAUCUAUUUUACUCAAUAUCGCACGGAUGACCAGCCAGUAGUGAUGCUGGAAAGUGAGGAAAACCGCUUCUUGCUACAUGGCACACGACAGGCCCGCAUCACCCGACGACUAAGGAGUCUGGUGACAGAAGCCGGAUCUAAAAACCACCAACUUCUUAUGUGUACGGACGCCAUUGCCCACCACAAUGUGUGGGGAAGCCCCGACAUCAGUGACAGAGGAGCAUAAAAAAACUGCGAGGCUGGACUUUAAAAAAAUAAGCGAGAAUGCUCUAAUGUUUGGCAGCAUUUUAAGCGAUCGAGCGAUAAGCAAAGCGGAAUUUGUAAUUACUGUGGAAAAUGUCUGCAAACAGCAGAAAACACGACGAACCUAAUGGAUCAUUUGAAGCGAAUACGUCCAAACAAUGCGACUGAAGACAAAGA